AGAGGAUAGGACAGGAGGAUAGAGGAUAUGAUAGGAGGAUGGAGGACAGGAGGAUGGAGGAUACUGAUGGAUAGCUGUGUUUUAUUCUUUAUUAACUUCAUCCAGGAAUGUAAAUCAUUUUAUGGACAUUUUUUCAUUUGUUUCCAGUGAGAUAUGAAUUACUUUAAUUUACUUUAGAGACUUUGUUGUUGUAUACAUAACUGUUUGUGGUCUAGAAACAAUAUUUAGUUAUUUCUAAAUUAUAAGUAACUUCUAAUUCUGUUGUGAACGCAUUUGUUUUAGAAUUUCAGAUAUCUUUUUCAAAAACAUUAGUCAUGUUGAAGAAGCGAGUAUUGAUGAGAGUAGCCCUGAGUUACAUCCUCUCCCUACCUGCAGGCCACCGUAGUUCUCCAUGAGCGGUAACUGUUACAAACCACUAGGUGGCACUAAAACACUCACACUGUUCCUUUAACUGAAUUCCAACAGGUAACACAGGUGACCUGCUGAGGUAACACAGGUGACCUGCUGAGGUAACACAGGUGACCUGUUGAGGUAACACAGGUGACCUGCUGAGGUAACACAGGUGACCUGCUGAGGUAACACAGGUGACCUGUUGAGGUAGCACAGGUGACUUGCUGAGGUAACACAGGUGACCUGUUGAGGUAACACAUGUGACCUGUUGAAAUAACACAGGUGACUUGCUGAGGUAACACAGGUGACCUGUUGAGGUAACACAUGUGACCUGUUGAAAUAACACAGGUGACUUGCUGAGGUAACACAGGUGACCUGUUGAGGUAACACAGGUGACCUGUUGAGGUAACACAGGUGACUUGUUUGAAAUAACACAGGUGACCAUUUUAGGUAACACAGGUGACCUGUUGAGGUAACACAGGUGACCAUUUGAGGUAACACAGGUGACCUGUUGAGGUAACACAUGUGACUUGUUUGAAAUAACACAGGUGACCUGCUGAGGUAACACAGGUGACCUGUUGAGGUAACACAGGUGACUUGCUGAGGUAACACAGGUGACCAUUUGAGUUAACACAGGUGACUUGUUGAAAUAACACAGGUGACCUGCUGAGGUAACACAGGUGACUUGCUUAGGUAACACAUGUGACUUGCUGAGGUAACACAGGUGACUUGCUGAGGUAACACAGGUGACUUGCUGAGGUAACACAGGUGACCUGUUGAGGUAACACAGGUGACUUGCUGAGGUAACACAGGUGACCUGUUGAGGUAACACAGGUGACCUGUUGAGGUAACACAGGUGACUUGCUGAGGUAACACAGGUGACCUGUUGAGGUAACACAUGUGACCUGUUGAGGUAACAUAGGUGACUUGCUGAGGUAACACAGGUGACCUGUUGAGGUAACACAUGUGACUUGCUGAGGUAACACAGGUGACCUGCUGAGGUAACACAUGUGACUUGCUGGGGUAACACAGGUGAUCUGUUGAGGUAACACAUGUGACUUGCUGAGGUAACACAGGUGACCUGUUGAGGUAACACAUGUGACUUGCUGAGGUAACACAGGUGACCUGCUGAGGUAACACAUGUGACUUGCUGGGGUAACACAGGUGAUCUGUUGAGGUAACACAUGUGACUUGCUGAGGUAACACAGGUGACCUGCUGAGGUAACACAUGUGACUUGCUGGGGUAACACAGGUGAUCUGUUGAGGUAACACAUGUGACCUGUUGAGGUAACACAUGUGACUUGUUGAGGUAACACAUGUGACCUGUUGAGGUAACACAUGUGACCUUUUGAGGUAACACAGGUGACCUGUUGAGGUAACACAGGUGACCUGUUGAGGUAACACAUGUGACCUGUUGAGGUAACACAUGUGACUUGUCGAGGUAACACAUGUGACCUUUUGAGGUAACACAGGUGACCUGUUGAGGUAACACAGGUGACCUGUUGAGGUAACCCAUGUGACUUGCUGAGGUAACACAUGUGACCUGUUGAGGUAACACAUGUGACUUGCUGAGGUAACACAGGUGACCUGUUGAGGUAACACAGGUGACUUGCUGAGGUAACACAGGUGACCUGUUGAGGUAACACAGGUGACCUGUUGAGGUAACACAGGUGACUUGCUGAGGUAACACAGGUGACUCGCUGAGGUAACACAGGUGACCUGCUGAGGUAACACAGGUGGUCUGUUGAGGUAACACAGGUGGUCCAGGUGGUCUGUUGAGGUAACACAGGUGGUCUAGUCCAGACCCCCACGGUGUGCUCGACCCGUGGACACAGCAUCACGUUCAGGCCUGUCCUAGUUAAGUCAGUGUGUGUUGGUGCCGUGGGUGGAGGUCUUCUGGUGUUGUGGAGCGACUCAGACCCGACAAAGGGCACAAGUGAUGCUGACACUAGAUGUCUUGCUUGAGCUGUGAAGACUAUGGUCUGGUUUUACACCUCUUGUAGAGAGUAGAGGGUGUUUACCUGUCACAUGGCGGUCUGGUAGCCUGACUGCUGCAGAUGACAGGCUCCACCCAGCAGCUCCUCCUCUCUGAGGUCACGCUUCCUGAGAGGAGCAUCACACAACUCCAUUUACCAGAACCAUAUUUCAUGGUUUGACUCUCUACUGUUGAACUCAUAGCACAUUUAGUUUCUUUAGUUUAUGAUUGUCUUCAUGGGGUUUUGCACGUUUCACCAUAUUUAGAUGAAAAUAUGAAACUAUUUAGAGUGCUGCAGCAACGAGUCCUCGAAUCCUUUCUAACCGUCGGGUUCCAGCAUCUCAAAGUCGACAUGCUUCUGACGCUGCGGCGCUGCUACAGCCGCGUGAAGGAGCACGGCAUCGGCAAAAGGAAGAGCAGCUACACCAUCGAGCAGCUGGAGAAGGUGUUCGGCCAGGGGGGCUGGGACUCCCAGAGCUGUGCCCCGGUGCUGAUCAACAGCAGCGGGCUGUACCAGGAGAUGGAGUCCGACGGCAGCACCCUGGAGGACUUCUCCCAGGAGGACUGGUGCAACCAGGUGCUGGACUCAGCCUUCCAGGAGGGGGACAUGGAGACUGAAGAAAUGCAGGUGCCGAAGAGCCGAGCUCUGCAGAUUCAAAUCGAGCUGUCGGAACAAAUCCAAAAAAGGGAAACGAUGCAGACCGUGAUGCGCAUCCUGGAGUCGGUGCAGCUGAAGUGGGAGCACUUCCAGACGUGGACGGAGUUCUCGCGGCUGCAUCUCUCCAACAAGCUGGCCAUCUUCGGCGUGGGCUACAACACGCGCUGGCGCGAGGACGUGCGCUACCACUACGCCGAAAUCAGCUCGCAGGUGCCGCUGGGCAAGAGGCUGCGCGAAUACUUCAACCCGGAGAAGCCCGAGGGCCGCGUCGUCAUGACCCGGGUCCAGAAGAUGAACUGGAAGAACGUCUACUACAAGUUCCUGGACAUCACCAUCAGCGAGGCGCGGUGCCUGGAGCUGCACAUGGAGGUGGAAUGGAUCCCCGUGUCCCAGUCCAUGGCGGCGGGCUGCGGCAAGGGCACCUCCCACUACCUCCUUCCCGGGGACAUCCCCAAGGCCUACGGACUCUACGCCGUCGGCUACGAGGCUCUCGCCUUCCCCCGGGGCGACGGCGAAGAUCACGGCUCGGAGAACGGGGCGCCGAGUCAGGCCGACGGAGAAGGUUCGGAGAGGUGGGACAGGACUGGGGGUGAAGUCACCUACUGCUACCUGGGCAUAGCGGAGGACAGGACCAUACAGCAGAGCCUCUUCCAGCACUUCCAGGGCUCCGGCAAACACUACGCCCACAGCGAACCCUCCGCCGUGACGCGCUUCCUGCAGGAGAACUGCCGCGGCACCACCGCCCACCUGAGCGGUGACGGGGGCGAGGACUCGUCGCAGCGCUUCGCCAUUUACAUCAAAUUCAUCGAGGUGGAGCUGGACUUCCUCUCGGCGGGCUCCCUGCUGGAGUGCCUGGAGACGGCCGUCGGCUGCCCUUUGAAAUACAACAACAAGGAAACGUCGUAACGCAGCCGGCGCCUCGCCCUGUGGACCGGCUCAGGACGAGCAAAGCGCUGCAGCCAGCGGGGCGGCGUGAAGAGGGCGUUCCGUCUGUUUUAACGCAUGGGAGUGUGCGGGAGUCUGGCUUUCGUUUGCGGCCUAUUGAACUGAUUUCUCUUCAGACUCAUUAAGUCUAAAAACUUAGUAUUACAGAGCUGCAGCAUCCAAGACGUAUGUUGCUAUUAUUUAAGGCUUAUGUGCACUACCAAGGUUUCUGCUGCUCGUUUCGUGUAGAUAAGUAUCGCCUCGUCAGAGCGUGGGGUUGGCUCGGGACGUCUACCUCAGUAGGGUGUAGCGAACAAGGCAGCGAGGGGACCACGGCGUGGAUCUGUUCUAAAGUCGGCCUUUACUUUGGCUUCCAGGUCUGGACCUGAACUCGGAAGCAUGGAAGAGUAGCACGCUGGUUCAUGCCUUAUGUUUUUGCACGUGUUGCACGCUGCAGCUGGGGGUGCUUUCAUGCAGAUUAGGGAGCGUAAGAACCGGCCUCGACCCAUGCAGAUGCUCCGGGAGCGCCACGAACCAGAGUGGCCACGUGUGCCGACGGCGCUGUAAAUACUGCAGACUCAUGGCAACACUGUCCAUCCGAUGCUAGUGCUUUACAAACAGAAAUAUACAUAUAUUAUUGUAUUUAAGGAUGUGCUUCAAUGCUAUCACUCAUGUUAACCCUUUUGUAAAAAAAACAUGGACAAAUACAAAAAGUGAAUGAAUGCCACUUUCUUUUAUUUUCUAGUUUGACAGUCAUAACUGGAAAAUAUAAAUAUUAAAGUAUAAAACAGUAGAGAUGGAAGCAGCUCAGGAGUGAGACAGCGUCAGAACCACUCUCCUUCCGAGCCGUGAGGCGGUGAGCUUCACCGCAGCGCACCGUACCACUCGUUGGGUUUGCCUGGUCGGCCUUCUCCCCGGCUUUGUUUCACGGUCUUUAGGAGCUCUCGUGUACAUUCACGUGCCUGACUAGGUCUGCUCCUGCAUGGGCAGUAGCUAGAUAUUGUGAAAUACUGCCACACCAGUUCAGGGCAUUAAUCAUUUAGUUUUGCGCCACGCUAUCAGCUAAGAGGAAUCAGCGAUAUUGAGCCCAUCUACAUUCCAGGUGUGGACCGUCACAGUUUGGAUCCACCUGUCAACGAUUCGCUGGAUUCGAUGUGUGGCAUCCUCAACCUUUUAAUUUAGGAAGUGUUUCAAAGAAAUGUUUAGUUUUUUUAAAUGUGUUUAAGCCCAACAUUGUUGAAACAGAACAGCCAAUAAUCAAUCAAUCAAUCACUGCGCUGAAGCCAAACCCACGAUAACGUCCCGAAGCCCACUGAGACGGUGGCCAGGUGUUUGGAGCAUCUCUAGCUGCAGCUGGGGGGGGUGGGGUUGUGAGUACUGGAAGACCAACACCUCUAUGGGUGGAGAGCCGGCCUGAGCAUUGAGCUGCAGGGGUUAAUCAUCUUCGACCUGUAACUUUUAUGAAUAUGGUUCCUGAGGUGAUGUGCAAUGUGCCAGGAGAGGACCAGUGUAGAGAAGAAUCAAAAAAAGGGAAAAGUCCUUAUUGAAUCUAUGUGUAUGAAAUCUACCUUAAAUAUCUAUAAUGUAUAUAUAUAUAUUUAAAAAAUAUCGAUGUUCUUGAGCAUUCCGGCUUUUGCAAUGUUAAUUUGUUUGGGUAUACAGUAUAUGAAGAUGAAUAUGAUAUUUUCUAUUUUAUUGGUUGACACCAUGUCUUGUAUGUGUUUGUUUUGAAGUCACCGUCUUGUAUGUUUACAUGUUUGAAAAAACAAUAAAUGGGGCGCUCACUGUCAUUUGCCACACGGUGAGAACGGGCGUGUGCGUGUGCGUGUGCGUGUGUGUGCG